GAAACAUCUUUCAAGAUGGCUGCUAAUUUCUCCCUUUCAGUACCAAUAGAUUGGAAGAUUCAAAAGCAUCCAAACUCAAAGAGGCCUGCAGACAGCCCUGAGCUCAUCUCUCAAAGCUGCUACCAGAGCCCAGGAAGAUCCAGAAUGAACGGCUUCCUCCUCGUCUUCACCAUCAGUCUCCUGGUGGCAGUUCAGAUACAAACAGGAGUCUUGGGACAGAAUGAUACCCAAGCGAAGCCUCUGACUCCCGCUGCUGGCGGCGUCACUAUCAAACUCCCUGCAAAGCCUGCAAAGGGCGGAGCCCCGUCACUCAUCAACGUGGGUGCCUGCAGCUUCUUCUUUUUCGCCAACACUUUCAUGUGUCUCGUCUACCUCGGCUGAGGUGAUGGUGUCACUUCUACAGCCCUGUGCUCCUCAAACAGCUACUACCAUCGGUAGCAAGAGAUCCCCCAACCCAGUCCUUGGAAAGGGUUGACACCAGAGAUCCCAGGAAGUUAAAAUUGAUGGCCAAUGGCCAAAAUGGGGAGGUACUAAUGGAAGGGGCCAAGUAACACCCAGCUGGGGCUCAAUAAAGUUAUGCUUAUGCUUAGAA